AUGACCCUGGAACCAGACAUCUUCUUCUCCCUCUUCGAUGAGAAGAAUAAGGAUCUUUACUACCUAUUCAAGAAGAACAUGGUUGGAGGGCCAAGCAUCAUCUUCCAUCGGUACCACGAAGCGGGGAAAACCAAGAUUCGUGAGGUGGAGAUGAGAGCAAAGGGAAUCGAACCCAAAACUUGCCAGAAGAUCGUUGGCCUUGAUGCUAAUGCGCUUUAUCUUGGAUGUAUAAUGGCUGAUCAACCGACAGGUUCGUUUACGAGGAGAAGAGAAGAGACUGGCUUCCAGAAAGAAAGUUCUGUCAAGAUGGUGUCUGAGUGGUUAGAGUGGGAGGCUGAAACACGUGGUAUUCCAAUUCGACACCAAGUCAAUGAUGUAGAAAAGAGAAUCGGUGCAAGAAAACUCCCCGUAGAUGGGUUCCAUGGUCCCUCCCAAACGGUCUUCCAAUUUCACGCGAGGGGUACCAGGUCAUCGAGAUGUGGGAGUGCGCGUGGAGAGCGACAAAGAAAACCAACCCUGCUGUCACCCUGCUGUCACCCUGCUGUCAAAGAGUUCUUGAGUACCAAGUUCCAAAGACCCAUGGACAAGUACAAGACCCUCAACAAAGACCAGAUUCUUCAAGCUGUUCUCGACGGGAAGUUAUUUGGAGUCGUAGAGUGUGACAUCUUUGUUCCAGAUCACUUGAAAGAAAAGUUCAGCGAAAUGUGCCCGAUAUUCAAGAAUACAGAGAUCAGUCGUGAAGAUAUCGGAGAUUACAUGAGAGGAUUUGCUGAGGAACACAAAAUCAUGCCUCGUCCGCGCAGAAGCCUGAUCGGGAGCUACUUUGGUGAAAAGAUCUUGCUCGCUACUCCCUUGCUGAAAUGGUAUUUGGAACAUGGGUUAGAAGUAACUAAGAUCUACCAGAUCGUGGAAUAUACUCCUAGCCCAUGCUUCAAACCCUUUGGAGAAGCGGUAUCCAACGCAAGAAGAGCCGGGGAUGUCGAUCCUAGUAAAGCCAUCAUUGCGGAUACCAUGAAACUGGUGGGAAAUUCUAGUUAUGGCAAGACCAUCACAGACCAAGAGCGACACAGAGAAGUCAAGUUCUGUGAUGAGACCAAGACCUCGCGGUUGGUCAACAGCUCGUUUUUCCGUCAGCUAGAAGUCAUCAAUGAAAAUACCUACGAGAUUCAGUCGGCCAAGAAGAGGAUAAGUUUGAAUCUCCCGAUGCAGAUCGGCUUCUUUGUAUAUCAAUACGCCAAGCUAAGAAUGCUAGAGUUUUAUUACGAUUGCAUUGACAAGUAUUUAGAUAGGUCUGAUUUCCAGUAUUGCGAGAUGGAUACUGAUUCGGCCUAUAUUGCGUUUUCUAGGGAUAGUGUUGAAGGUUUGGUUAGACCUGAGAUGCGAGCGGAAUUCGAAACUGGUUCCCGCGUACUGAUACUGCGGAGAACCGGGCUUAUGACAAGAGAACCCCUGGUUUGUUUAAGGAAGAGUGGUCUGGGGAUGGGAUAAUUUGUCUGAGUUCCAAGACUUAUUAUUGUUUUGGAGGGRAAAAAGAUAAGUAUAGUUGCAAAGGGGUGAACAAGAAGAUUAAUGACAUUAACAAAGAAAAGUAUGGUAGAAACUAGGUAAACUAGUUAUUGCAAAUAGUAAUGUACAAAGAUUUUUUUUUAUUAAUAGAGUUUGGAAGUGAACACACCUCUCUCUCAAUGUACCUUUCUUCCCUCUCUUCCCCCUUGUCCCUCGUUUUUUAGUCAA